AUGGCCAGGGACGGCUCUCGGCUACUCGACAUGGAAAUCGUUAGUGUCCAACGGCUCGGGGCGAUUGCCGCUGAAGCUAAAGUCCUGCGUGGAAUUGCCCGUCUCUUCAAAAUCUACUCGCGGCAUCGAAUGCCUGAUGCACGCAUUGCAACUGAGUGUAGGCAGAAUCAAUCAAAAGAUCCCUCCAUGGUACCUUGUCCAAACAUGAUCACUGUCCAACUUCACAUCAAAUCAGCUCUCGAGAGAACAUCCUCAAAUCCUUCCGCUUUCGCACGUGGGCCCAUUGCAAGGGUAUUCAGCCAUUUGAAGGUAAUCACUGGAUUCAAUAAGACCGAGUCUUUCGGUUACACGGAGAUACAGUCCAUGAGAACCUCCAGGAUGGCGGAUAAAUCUUCCCGGUCAAUGCAACAGAAGCUCAGCAUCAAGAUGUGA